AUGGUAGACACAGAAAAGGGCCCUGAGCACCAGCGCCGCAGCCGAGGAGGGAGAAGUGGCGGUGGUGGCGAAGGUGAAGAAGAUGGCUUCGAAACGGAUGGGGACGGAAGGAUCUCGUCGUCAGAGCUGGCGGCCGUGUCGCGCGCCAUCGCGCCGCCGGCCACCGAGUCGGCAGGGGGCCGGGAGGUGGCGUCCAUGAUGGACGAGCUCGACACCGACCGCGAUGGCUACGUGGACCUCGGCGAGUUCGCCGCCUUCCACGGCCACGGCCGCGGGGAGCGCGAGCUGGACGCCGAGCUGUGUGAUGCCUUCGACGUCUACGACAUCAACGGCGACGGCCGCAUCUCCGACACUGAGCUCAGCAAGGUUGAAGAUCUAUUUAAGGAGCCUCAGGUUGAAAGAGAGCUCAUGCUUAUAAAACUCAAUGUUGAACCAGAUCAACGUGCUGAUGUAAGAUAUGUUGUUGACUUGUAUCUGCAAUCACUGAAUUAG